AUGCCCAGUCGAGAUUCAGGGACGGUUCGACCGAGGCAUAGCAAUGAUUCAAUACACUCACCAUCGCCCAUGACUGCCUCGAUGGGAACCGCUUCGCCUCGCAGAACGGCAAGCUCCGAAAUACCACCAGACGAUUCCAUGGGGCAUUAUUCACACCCACAGUAUCACGGACCUCCUCCUAGCUACGGCUAUCCGCAUCAGUUCGGAUUGUCUGGUUAUCCUCCUAUGCACGCAACCGGUGGGUAUUCUAGUGGUCCCUACGUUCCUGGAAGUAUGCCGCACCCGGGGUACGGAAUAUCCUACGGAGCGUACGGCCCGCGCCCUUCUUACCUUUACGGCCCUGGGGCCUACGAUCCCACUUACUUUCCCGAGCAGCAGUCUCGAAUCUCUCCCCCCAAACAGGGCUCAUCAUAUCAUGGCGGACCAGGACCGCAUCAUCCGACGUAUAUGCAACACAUGACAAGCUCUCCGCCCAAAUCCAGCCCAGACGCUCGAGCAGAAUCAAAAACACCCAAAGCCCUGGAUAAUUUAGAAGAAGAUCGUCUGAAGGCUGCGAAACUUGCUGAAGAGAGUCUUUCGGAUGUGAAGCCGAUCAAAACGGAUUACCACUUUUUCGUGCUAGAGAAAAUGAAAGAAAUGAAGUUGUUAGCAGAGCAGGAAGUACGAGAAUCAAUGAAAGAUAAGGGGAAGAAAGUUGAUUCGUACCUGUUGAACUCAAAUCUUAACACUCGUCUAAUGCGAGCUUGGGAAAAGCUCCCGACAGAAGAACGCACCUUGUAUAUGAAAAAGGAAGAAGACGACCGUCGUCGCUUCAUGGAUGAGGAAGAAGUUGCAAGUCGGCACUGUGCAACGCUUACAUCUCGUCAUCAGGGCCCUUCUCUGUCGAAGAAACCCCUAGAAAGGCGACUUCAAGAGGCGGUGGACGAAUCAAAGAGCGAAGCGUUUUCAGAAUUCUCCGAUGCAUCCUCAUCAGCAGAUGGCCCAGCGAAACACACGACAGAACCGACUCGAUUGGAAGAGUCGCCCGCCAAGAAGCACAGGACCGAGAACGAACUCGUCACAGCAAAAAAAGAUGACGAAUCGAGUUCGGAAGAAAAAUUGAAUGGGGCCACCGCUGCACUAGACGCCAAAGACAUAGUUGAUACAACCGGGGAUGAAGCUUGUGAAGAAAAGUAG